AUGGCAAUGAUGCACUCUACCGAUCCCGCCACCCCGCAGCUGGACGAGAAGAAACUAUUGGAGGUCUUUAAUGAUCCAGAAAAGAGCAACAGUAUUGUCGUUGCAUUCCUCAAGCUUAACUCCAAUGACUACACGCCUUUCCUCGCUUCUGCCACUGGUGAAGAAGAUCCCCCGACGAUGGAGGACUUUUGUAACAAGGAGGUCGAAGCGUUUGGAAGAGAUGCGGACCACCUCCAAAUUACAGCUUUGAGCUCUGCGCUGAAAGUGAGCCUUGAUGUCGUCUACUUGUCACGCUCGCAUGCCCCGCCUGAGUCGGACUCUAUUACGGAGGAGGCCGAUGCUGGCGCCAAAAUGUCUGACAACAAGGACGUAAGCCCCGAGGGUGAUCCGAAUGCUUGCGACGUUGUCCGCUUUGAUAUUGACCAAGGCCAAAUGUUUGGUCUUGGUCCGUUGCUCUACCGUCCUGGCCACUUUGACCUGUUGGUGGCUCGCGAGGAGCCCGAGUCUCCCGACAUUAAUAUCUAA